AGAAGACAACUGAAGGCGUGAACGAGAAGUGACGUCGGUGAGGCCACGUCAUCCCAUCGCGACGCACACAGGCGGCCACGUCUCCUGGCAGCACCACCACUCUUCCCCUCCCAAAAAUUUCUCCUCGCCUUCGUCAAACGAUCGCGCCCGCUUCGUCGUCGCUGUCGAGUUUGGUGUCCGCCUCUGCCGCGAGAGCUCCAGCCCCACACGGCCCCGCAGCAAUGGCAGCCACAACCUGAGCUGCCACUGCCAGCCGGCGCAGCUGCCACGCGAGCGCUUCCCACUCCACACGUGAUUUCAUUUCAAGCCGGCGGGAAUGGUGGUGGAUCGGAGGGCUCCGUAGAUUCUUCUUCCCGACCUCCUCCAGGCGCUUGAUAAAGCCGGCGCCGAGCAGCCAAGAAUCUCUUGGGACAGAACCGUACGCUCCUCCCUGCUCGCUCCGAUCGGCUGGUCUCCCGACUCACGAGAGCGAGCUCGCGGUGGAUAAUGGCCGCCAUGUCGGCGCCCCACUGCGCGUCCUCCUCCUCCUCUGCAUUCCUCAGCCUCCCGCGCAGCGACGGCGGGCGGCGCUACGGCAACUCAUGCCACUUCGCUGCCAACGCUAGGCUGGCGACGGUGUCCGCCACGCUCGACAAGGAGACCGCGGCGGCGAAGCCCCGGAGGUCCCGCCGGCCCAGGAAGGCGACCAAGUCCGGCUCCACGGCGCUGCUCGCCCCCGACGAGCCCACGGAGGCCAAGAACGGUGUGGCCACCGAGGCACCGAACGGCGGCCUCGGCGGUAGGGGUAUGGUGGCGCUGGACGAUGUGAUCGUGAACCCGGUGGGGCUGGGCCGCCGGUCCCGGCAGGUGUUCGACGAGGUGUGGCGCAAGUUCUCGCGGCUCGGCCAGAUGUCCAGCGCCUCCUCCGCCGCGGUGGCAGAGCAGGACCCAGCCAUCCUCUUCCGCGGCGGACCCAUGUGCGACUUCACCGUGCCCGGCGCGCAGGACACCACCGUCCUCGUCGUUGGCGCCACCAGCCGCAUUGGCCGCAUAGUUGUCCGCAAGCUCAUGCUCCGCGGAUACAACGUCAAGGCAUUAGUUAGGAGGAAUGACCCAGAAGUGAUCGACAUGCUUCCGAGGUCUGUGGAUAUUGUGGUUGGAGAUGUUGGCGACCCUUCUUCAGUUCAAGCUGCUGUGUCAGGUUGCAACAAGGUAAUUUACUGUGCAACCGCGCGGUCCACUAUCACGGGGGACCUCAACAGGGUUGAUAACCAAGGAGUGAGGAAUGUUACCAAGGCCUUCCAGGAUUACUACAAUCAGCUGGCCCAGUCAAGGGCUGGUAAGAGCAGCAAGAGCAAACUGUUGAUUGCUAAAUUCAAAUCUGCCAAAUCUGUGAAAGGAUGGGAGGUGCGGCAGGGAUCAUACUUUCAGGAUAUCUACCCUUCUACUUCUAGAUUCGAAGGUGGCACCGAUGCGUCAUUUGAAUUUGCAGAAAGUGGACAGGCUGUUUUCUCAGGGUUUGUUUUCACAAGGGGUGGGUACGUUGAAAUCUCUAAACGACUUUCACUUCCUCUAGGUUCCACCCUAGACAGGUAUGAUGGCUUGCUUCUUUCGGUGGGUGGAAAUGGAAGAUCAUAUGUUAUCAUUCUUGAGACUGGUCCGCUGGCUGACACCUCACAGAGCAAGAAGUAUUUUGCCCGGAUGAACACAAAAGUUGGGUUUUGUAGGGUAAGAGUGCCGUUUUCAUCUUUCCGGCCAGUAAACCCACAGGAUCCUCCACUGGACCCGUUUCUUGUCCACACACUAACCAUUAGGUUUGAACCAAAGAAGCAGAGACCUGGUGAUUCAUCUGAAGGAGCUAGUGACCAAAGAAACUUUGAGCUCAAAAUGGAGUUCAUAAAAGCCUUGCCGAGUGGUCAAGAAACAGAAAUUGUACUGGUCUCAUGCACAGGCUCAGGAAUUGAAGCUAAUAGGAGAGAACAAGUCCUGAAAGCAAAGAAGGCUGGAGAAGAUGCAUUGAGGAGAUCUGGCCUUGGAUAUACAAUUGUACGGCCAGGUCCACUGCAGGAAGAACCUGGCGGUCAGCGUGCCUUGAUCUUCGACCAAGGGAACAGGAUCUCUCAGGGCAUCAGCUGCGCCGAUGUAGCAGACAUCUGCGUCAAAGCGUUGCACGAUUCGACCGCGAGGAACAAGAGCUUCGAUGUGUGCUAUGAGCAUGUUUCAGAGCAAGGGAGCGAGCUAUAUGAACUUGUGGCUCAUCUGCCAGACAAGGCCAACAACUACCUGGCGCCGGCGCUCUCGGUCCUGGAGAAGAACACCUGAUCUCAUCAGUGAGCCAGUGACCUGUGAGGUGCACUAGGAAUUAUCCAUGUACACGGUGCUGUGUAAUGUGAAUAUUGCAUACCACCGACUCCUCUUGUACGCAUAGGAACACUACAUUAAUAUACACACACAGCAUUGUGUUGGGUUAUUUGGAGAGAGUAGGUGAGGUAGGAAUUUCCUAUGUCCAUACAUGUCAGUUUUUUCCUCGCAAUGUGAAGUCAAGUCAUCAACACAUCGCAGCAGCUGGGCAGUGACAAGGCUGAUGACCAGAUGGAGUUCCCUGCCUAGUGCCUAGUGGCCAGGCCGGGCAUGAAAUACAAGUUGUGAUGAUGUAUUAGUACUACUAUUAGGUACAAGUUGUGAUGAUGUACUAUUAGGUAGAGAUGCAUAGCCUUUGUGAACGCAUCAUGUGAAAAUUUGAAACAUGUAAAUGCUCUUGCAAUAUUCGUCCUCUAAUUAAAAUAUGUGAUUGUUUUUUUUUAA